GGCGGCGACACAAAGGCUGCACGCAGCGGCGCAAACUCUUCGGCGGCACGGCGAGGAAGACUUGUUUUAAGCAACUAUCACUGUGCCGAGUCGAUUCUGAAAGUCACACCAUCGCUGCGACAGCUGCCAGUGUACUGCAGGCUGCACAUCAUACAAUGGCCGCCUACGACGCCUCUGUAAACGUCUGGACCGCCGCGUCGGACGGCGACCUGGACACCGUAAGACGGUGCAUCGAAGGCGGCGCGCACCAGCCGCACACGCCGGACGAGCAAGGGUACACGUGCCUCCACGCGGCGGCGUCGUACGGCCACCACGAAUUACUACAGUACUUAAUAGCGAGGCCCGGCGUGAACCUGAAUUGCGGCGACGAGGACGGCGACACGCCGCUGCACGUCGUCGAGGACGUGGAGUCGUGUCGGAUGCUGCUGGCCGCCGGUGCGGACGCGAGCGUGCGCAACGGCGACGGCCUGUCGCCGGCGGGCAACGCGCGGGGCGAGGGGCGGGACGCCAUCGCGGAUCUACUGACGCAAGCGCACCCGGCCGCGGCCGCGGCCGACGAUGCUUCGGUAAUAGCCGCGAGACGGGAAGCCGCGGCGGACGGCGAUGAAGCAAUGGAGAAGCUCGAGCUGUCGCUCAAUCAACUGUCCGAGGCCGCCGGUAAUGUUCCCGCGGCAGAGGAGAACAGCAACAAGCGGGCGCGUGUGUAAAAAACAACAAUGUUA